AUGCAACUGAUCGCAAUUUCCCAAAGUCAAAACGAAGAGUUUUCGAGUUUCUUGUCGAGUCACGAAGUUAAUUGGCACUUCAUCCCGCCCUCUGCACCCUAUUUCGGAGGCAUUUGGGAGACUGGUGUGCGAUCUAUUAAGCUGCACCUGAAACGAGUUGUUGGCAGCAGUGCACUAACAUUCGAGGAAUAUUCGACCCUGCCCAUACAGAUUGAAGGACUUCUGAAUUCUCGUCCUUUGUGCGCACCCAGCGACCACAGUCUUAAUCCGCAAACCCCUUCUCAUUUUCUAACAGGUCAGCCUCUCACUUCGACCAAGGUCCAAGGGUUCUGGAAACGCUGGAAUCUAGAGUAUCUCAACACUCUUCAAGCUCGCACGAAAUGGCAACAAGAUGCUCAGAACAUUGCCAUGAACACCCUGGUUGUGCUGAAGGAGUCAAAUCAACCGCCAAGCAAGUGGUUGUUGGGACGAGUCGUAGAGGUGCAUCCUGACCAGGAUCAGAGGGUCCGUGUCGUCACAGUGAAAACAGCUAGAGGAACCUACAAGCGGCCUAUUACGAAAAUUGCUGUGCUUCCUUUGAACUGA